CUCCCACCCUCCCUCCUAUAAAGCUUCCUACCCCGCCACCUACGGGAAGCCAGCUCCAUUCCACCAGCUCCUCCUCCUCUCCCCACCCAACAACAGCAGACCAGCCGCUCAGCUCAGCCCCUCAACUGCCGAUGGCGAAAUGCAGCAAGAUCCGCAACAUCGUCUGGCUCCGGCAGACGCUGCGGCGGUGGCGGUCCCGCGCGGCGGCGCGCACGGCGGCCGGCGGCGGCGGCGGCGCCGUGUCGGUGCCGGCGGGGCACGUGGCGGUGUGCGUGGGCGGCUCGUCGCGGCGGUUCGUGGUGCGCGCGGCGCACCUGAACCACCCCGUCUUCCGGGAGCUGCUCCGGCAGGCGGAGGAGGAGUACGGGUUCCCCUCCGGCGCCUCCGGCGCGUGCGGCCCCAUCGCGCUCCCCUGCGACGAGGGCCUCUUCGAGCACGUGCUCCGCCACCUCUCUUCCUCCUCGUCCGCCGCGCGGUUCCUCACCCUCGAGGACAUCGAGAGCGGCGCCUACUCGUGCUGCUGCGCGGCCGCCGGCGACGCGCUCCCGCUCCUCCGCGGCAUCUCCUCCGACAAGUUCGUCUGGUGACUCCGCUCCGAGCUAGGCCGGCCGCGCGCGCGCUCCACGCCAUUUGCGCUGGUGGUGGCCGUCGUGUUUUUUUUGUUUCUUUUUCUUUUUUCUUCCCUCUCCCUCCCUCCGUUGUCGCCGGGCGGAGCAGAGCCGCCGGGACGGAGCGAGAGGUCGUGAGCGGCCGGCAGGAGGCGGCGAAGUGAGAUGGCUGAGGAACCUCCGGGCCUUGAGGCGCCCGGGGUCUAGCCAUCCAUUCACUCCCUUGUCAAAUCCGGGCAGGAAAAUUACUUAGUAGUGCCGGGGAUCUAUUCUUUCUUCUUCUUCUUCUUCUUGAUUAUUUUUCCUUCACUUACCGAAUAAUUCACCGUUGUAAAUAGCUCGCCCGUGCUACGGCGAUUCGGCCGACAUUGCAAGUGAAUUCAAGUGAAACAUUUCUACUCA